AAUAUCUUCACUCACUUGUAAACCCACCCAGAACCUCCAUCUCCCAACACCAUGGUCAACUCCUGCUGUGGCUCUGUCUGCUCUGAGGAGGGCUGUGGCCAAGGCUGCUGCCAGCCCAGCUGCUGCCAGUCCAGCUGCUGCCAGCCCAGCUGCUGCAGGCCCACCUGUUGUGUGUCCAGCUGCUGCCGCCCCAGCUGCUGCAUCUCCAGCUGCUGCCGCCCCUGCUGUGGCAGUUCCAGCUCUUGUGGAUCCAGCUGCUGCCGCCCCAGCUGCUGCAUUUCUAGCUGCUGCCGCCCAUGUUGCCGUCCCAGCUGCUGUGUGUCCAGCUGCUGCCGCCCCAGCUGCUGUGUGUCCAGCUGCUGCCGCCCCUGUUGCCGCCCCAGCUGCUGCGUUUCUAGCUGCUGCAGGCCUUCCUGCUGCCGCCCCAGCUGCUGCAUUUCUAGCUGCUGCAGACCCUGUUGCCGCCCUAGCUGUUGUGUGUCCAGCUGCUGCCGCCCCUGCUGUGGCAGUUCCAGCUGUUGUGGAUCAAGUUGUUGCCGCCCCAGCUGCUGCAUUUCUAGCUGCUGCAGACCUUCCUGCUGCCGCCCCAGCUGCUGUGUGUCCAGCUGCUGCAGGCCCAGCUGCUGUGUGUCCAGCUGCUGCAGGCCUCAGUGCUGCAUCUCCAGCUGCUGCCGCCCCACCUGUUGCCAGACCACCUGCUCUAGCAGUUCUUGCUGCUGA